AUGGGUAAUAAAAACGUACUAGCAUUAUAUCUGAUGUUUCUAGUAGCAUCAAGUGUGGUGUACGAGGCGCAAGGAACGUUCUUGCUAAAGUUGUACUUGAGGAGGAAAUUUUCACGAAGGGCAAGGGACUUUACACCAUUCGCAUGCAAAGGUAUGCUAUUUUUUAUCAAGAGACUUCGAGGUGGGUGUCCCGCGACUAGAGAGUUCAAGAAAUUCUUUUCACUCUUCACGUCUUACGUGACAUUCAUCAGCAAUGCCUCAGCCACAUCGAAAAGCACAGAUACACAGAUCACAUCCCAAGUUGACGGUUUAGCCAAUGCUAUGUCUGAAUUAACUGCUGUUAAAGGCAGAGCACCAUCGAACACGGAUUUUAAAGACGCAAUGCUGUCAAUGGGAAAAACUUUAGUUGAGCAGAAGAAAAGUGGUUCACAGCAAAUGACACUUCAGCAAAGCAAAGAGUUGAUCGUGGCUAUGGUGCAUUGGACUAAAACGAUCGCUACAUUAGUGAAAACUGCUGUGGACUUGAGAGUAGGAAAGUCGAUGGAUAUAUCGAACCUAGGGCUUGACGUUGAUGUUAACUCCAUUGUUGGAAAUGAGAGUGAAGUAAACCAAACUGGUUCUUCAAACACCAAAACCGGAGACCAAAGCAGCGUUGACACUUCCAGUGGAAAUGUCACAACCGGAAGUGCCACAACCACCAGAUCAGAAAGCAAUACUAAAACAGGAACAACCAACAGCCCGAGUGGUACAACCAUGGAUAGCUCGAGUGGAAGUCCCACGAGUAGCCCGAGUGAUACAACAACAGACAGCCCGAGUGGUACAACCAUGGAUAGCUCGAGUGGAGGUCCCACGAGUAGCCCGAGUGAUACAACAACAGACAGCCCGAGUGGUACAACCAUGGAUAGCUCGAGUGGAAGUCCCACGAGUAGCCCGAGUGAUACAACAAUAGACAGCCCGAGUGGUACAACCAUGGACAGCUCAAGUGGAAGUCCCACGAGCAGCCCAAGUGAUACAACCAUGGAUAGCUCGAGUGGAAGUCCCACAGAUAGCCCGAGUGGUACAAACACAGAAAGUCCGAGUGAAAGUCCCACGGACAGCCCAAGUGGUACAGCCACAGACAGCCCAAGUGGUACAGGCACAGAAAGCCCGAGUGGAAGUCCCACGAAUAGCCCGAGUGAUACAACCACCAGUACUGGAAGCGAUACUAAUUCAGGUUCAGUCACUUACGAAGACACUACCGGUGGAGGUUCAGAUAGUCCGAGUGGAAGUCCCGCGAGCAGUCCUUCUGGCUCAGAAUCUGCUAGUGGUGGUAGCUCAUCCACAACAUCAGCGAAAGAAGUCGAGAUUCAAACAUCCAAAGACGCAAGGUCGUUCAUACACGCCCUAGAGAAGAAGUACGCAGGGACAGUAGAACUCGACACUUUCUUCGAGAAACUCAAGACUUCCAUGUCUGCUUCCACAAAGAUCUCUAACACUGACCAAGAACGCUUCGUUUCUAAAAUGAGUUCUGCAGUUAGUAAGGUGUCCAAGGCCGCAGAUACUGUUAGUUCAAAGUUAGCCAAAUCACCAGAGGCGAAGAACCGCGCACAAUCUUCCCAAGAAAAACUAAUGGAGACUUACAAAGAACUAGAAGAUCUUAACAGUAAAAUAGUGAGCGAGAAUAAAGGCAAGACAGUGUCGUCCACACAACAGUCAGAGCUUAAGCAGGCACUCAGUAAAUGGGAACAAGUCACCACCCAGUUUGUGGAGAGUCUUGCUUCUUCGAGUUCUUCAUCUUCAUCUUCAUCUUCCUCUAAGUCUAAGAAAUCUGAAAAGUCUGAAAAAUCUCAUGAAUCUCAAGAGUCCCAGCAGUCUCAGCAGGGCAGUACCACGAAGACUCAGACCAAUUGA